UCGCCUCUUCCUGCCGGGCGGCCGCGUCCCCUCCCCGCUCGCUCCCUCCCUCCGCCCUCCCGGGCUCCGGCGGCCGCCGCCGACGAGCGAACGGGACGGGACGGGCCCGCGGAGGCGCGCGGGGCGCUCGGCGGAGUUACGGGGCUCUGUCGGCGGAGCCGGAGGAGGUGGAUGUGGGAAGAAAAGUUUGCAGAAGUGAAAUGGAGGUCAGAGCUUCAUUACAGAAGGUUAGUGGGUCAUCGGAUUCUGUGGCUACACUGAACAGUGAAGAAUUUGUUUUGGUUCCUCAGCACGCAGAUGAAACUACUACAAAAUAUGACGAAAAACCUCAGCUAAAGAUAGUUUCUAAUGGUGAUGAACAGUUGGAAAAAGCCAUGGAGGAGAUACUGAGAGAUUCCGAGAAGGGGCAGAGCAGUCCUCUUGGUGAUUAUCAAAGUUCCAGUGAGAUUUCAGACUAUUCAUUUGGAGAUGUUUCAGCCAGUCAAGCUAAUAAGCCAUCUCUUCAGUUAUAUUUGGAUCCGUCAAAUACAGAAAUUUCUACACCCAGACCAUCUUCUCCAAGUGGAUUGCCUGAAGAAGAUAGUGUUUUGUUUAACAAACUGAUCUACUUGGGCUGUAUGAAGAUUUCUUCUCCACGUAAUGAAGUGGAGGCUUUACGUGCAAUGGCAACUAUGAAAUCUUCCAGUCAGUCCCCUUUUCCUGUUACUCUCUAUGUGCCAAAUGUUCCAGAAGGCUCAGUGAGAAUUAUAGACCAAUCUAGAAAUAAGGAGAUAGCAUCUUUUCCAAUCUAUAAGGUGGUUUUCUGUGCCCGUGGACAUGAUGGGACGUCGGAGAGCAAUUGCUUUUCAUUUACAGAGAGUUCGCAUGGGUCAGAAGAAUUUCAGAUACAUGUUUUCUCCUGUGAAAUUAGAGAGGCAGUAAGCAGAAUUUUAUAUAGUUUCUCUACAGCGUUCAAACGUUCUUCAAGAAAAUUAUCUGAUGUUAAAGACUCCGUUAUUCCUACUCCUGACAGUGACGUGUUUACCUUCAGUGUCUCCUUGGAGGUUAAAGAAGAUGAUGGAAAAGGGAACUUUAGUCCUGUGCCUAAAGAUAGAGAUAAGUUUUAUUUCAAAUUAAAACAAGGAAUAGAGAAGAAGGUUGUGAUUACAGUGCAACAACUUUCCAACAAAGAAUUAGCUAUUGAACGAUGUUUUGGAAUGUUAUUAAGCCCGGGGCGAAAUGUGAAGAACAGUGACAUGCAUUUACUGGAUAUGGAAUCCAUGGGCAAGAGCUAUGACGGGAGAGCUUAUGUUAUCACUGGCAUGUGGAACCCUAAUGUACCAAUAUUUCUGGCCCUUAAUGAAGAAACCCCAAAAGAUAAACGAGUGUACAUGACGGUGGCAGUGGACAUGGUUGUUACGGAGGUGGUCGAGCCUGUCCGCUUCCUUCUGGAGACGCUGGUUCGAGUGUACCCUGCAAAUGAGCGAUUUUGGUAUUACAGCCGGAAGACUUUCACAGAGACUUUCUUCAUGAGGUUGAAACAGUCUGAGGGAAAAGGCCACACCAGUGCUGGAGACGCCAUAUAUGAGGUGGUGAGUCUCCAGCGAGAGUCUGAAAAGGAGGAACCGGUCACUCCUACGAGUGCAGGGGGUCCAUUGUCACCCCAGGAGGAUGAAGUGGAGGAGGAAAGUGAUAAUGAGCUCUCAAGCGGCACAGGAGAUGUGUCUAAGGAUUGUCCUGAGAAGAUCCUGUAUUCUUGGGGAGAAUUGCUAGGAAGAUGGCAAAAUAAUCUUAGCGCACGACCAAAAGGGCUCUCCACUCUGGUGAGGAGUGGGGUCCCUGAAGCAUUGAGGGCAGAGGUGUGGCAGUUAUUAGCAAAUUGCCAUGACAACCAGGCAAUGCUGGAUAAAUACCGACUUCUCAUCACAAAGGACUCGGCCCAGGAGAGUGUCAUUACGAGAGAUAUUCAUCGUACGUUUCCUGCACACGAUUACUUUAAAGAUACUGGAGGAGAUGGCCAGGAAUCACUCUACAAGAUAUGCAAGGCGUACUCCGUCCACGAUGAGGACAUCGGCUACUGCCAAGGACAGUCCUUCCUCGCUGCCGUGCUGCUGCUGCACAUGCCAGAGGAACAAGCAUUCUGUGUUUUAGUGAAAAUCAUGUAUGACUAUGGUUUAAGAGAGCUCUACAAAAACAACUUUGAAGAUCUUCACUGCAAGUUUUAUCAGUUGGAGAGACUAAUGCAGGAGCAGCUGCCGGACCUGUACGCCCAUUUCUUCGAGCUGAACCUGGAAGCUCACAUGUACGCCUCCCAGUGGUUCCUCACCCUCUUCACUGCCAAGUUCCCGCUCUGCAUGGUCUUCCACAUCAUCGACCUGCUGCUCUGUGAGGGUCUGAACGUCAUCUUCCACGUGGCAUUGGCUCUCCUAAAGACCUCCAAGGAAGAUCUUCUGCAGGCUGAUUUUGAAGGUGCUUUAAAGUUUUUCAGAGUCCAGCUCCCAAAGAGAUACAGGGCCGAGGAAAAUGCCAGAAGACUGAUGGAGCAGGCGUGCAACAUCAAGGUCCCAACCAAGAAGCUCAAGAAAUAUGAGAAAGAGUACCAGGCCCUGCGGGAGAGUCAGCUGCAGCAGGAAGACCCCAUGGACAGAUACAAGAGGGAGAACCGGCGGCUGCAGGAGGCCAGCAUGCGGCUGGAGCAGGAGAACGAUGACCUCGCCCAUGAGCUCGUCACCAGCAAGAUCGCUCUGCGGAAUGACCUGGACCAGGCGGAGGACAAGGCAGACGUGCUGAACAAGGAGCUGCUCCUGACCAAGCAGAGGUUGGUGGAGACAGAGGAAGAGAAGCGGAAGCAGGAGGAAGAGACGGCCCAGCUGAAAGAAGUCUUCAGGAAACAGCUGGAGAAGGCCGAGUACGAGAUCAAGAAGACGACAGCUAUCAUCGCCGAGUACAAGCAGAUCUGUUCCCAGUUGAGCACCAGGCUAGAGAAGCAGCAAGCGGCCAGCAAGGAGGAGCUGGAAGUGGUGAAGGGUAAAAUGAUGGCAUGUAAACACUGCAGUGACAUUUUCAGCAAGGAAGGCACUUUGAAACCCGCCGCCGGAAGCAGGGAGGACCGGGGGAUGGAAUCCGACGACGAGAAGGAUUCGCUGAAGAAGCAGUUGCGGGAGAUGGAGCUGGAGCUGGCGCAGACCAAGCUGCAGCUGGUGGAGGCCAAGUGCAAGAUCCAGGAACUUGAACACCAGAGAGGAACCCUCAUGAACGAAAUCCAAGCGGCCAAGAACUCUUGGUUUAGCAAAACCCUGAACUCUAUCAAAACGGCCACGGGCACCCAGCCCCUACCGUCCCCGCCGGCUAGCCAGCCCCCCAAAGAGAGCACCUAGUUCCUGCCCGUUCCCGCACAAGAGCACAAACGAUCAAAGCGACGGAAACCCAUGAGGCCUCUCCCUGCGUCCCUCUGAGAGGAGGUCACAGAGGCCCGAAGCCAGCCAGCACAUUUCAGUAGCUCCCUCUCCACCCACGACCUUCCCGGAGGCCGUGCGCACAGCACCCAAUUUCCGUUGCGUGUGUGUUCGAGUCCCCGGGUGGAGGGUCCUGCCAGAGCAUCAGUGUUUGCACAUUAUUUUCUCUGCCUGAUGUUGUGUUAGAAAGAAGUCAUUUCAGAACUAAGUACUAUGGGCUUAGAAUGAUCCUUAAUUCUUUUUUAUCGCCCCUUAAGAAUCAUUCCAAUUCCAAAGUGAUAGGAAACUAUCACAGCCAAAAGGGAAAGAA